GGUGGGGCGGGCAGCGCGCACCGGGAAGGGACGCGGCGCCGCGGCAGGCAUUUCUUAAUCGGCUAAAAUGGUUUUAAAGAAGAAGAAAGAAAUUCAGGUGGAUGCAUUCUUUCUUGAUCAUCAUCAGCUUGAAAAACUUCAGAGGUUUUCAAAGGCUGAAGAGCAAAAUCUGGCAUCUCUGCUUGUGCACUGUGCAGAGCUGAGAAAUGGCAUCCAGCAGAUCCAGUGUAUUAAACAGAUUAUGCCACUGGUGAAGCAGAUGGAUCAGAACUCUGCAGGUGAUCCCAUGGUUAAAGCUUGUUUGGAUGUUUUGGGAGAGAUAUAUUUUUCACUGGGUGCAAAGAAUCCUUUGAAGAAAGUAUUAGCAAGUUCACUGAAUGGUCUUCCUGGACAUUUGAUGGUGCCAGCUGUGCAAAGCUUUGUGUGCUGCCUUCGGGAAGAGCUGAAAACCACAGAUGUGUAUUUGUACAGAAAAGUGCUGGACAACCUUGCUUCCUGUGUGGAGGACUUCAGCUUAGGUAGAGCCUGUAUUAAGAACCUGUUUGAAGAAGUUCUUCAGUUUCUGCAGAAGUUGCUGCUUGACAUACAGGAAGAAAACAGAAGGAAUCAUGGAAAUCGUAUUGUUCAGACUCAGCUGAUGCAUGAUUUACUGAUAGCCAUUAAAGUUUCAAUGAUGCUUAUACAGAAAUUGCAAGAAAAUAUCCAGGGAAGUCUUUGGAAACAUAGCGAAUCUUUUGUUUGGCAAAGUAUGUGUAGUUUACUGAAAAGUUGCACAAACUUCCUAAUGGAUGCAACGCUUCUGCAGACUGUUCAGACUACCUCAGGACUGGCUGUUGUUCUCUUCACCAGAGCUAUGUAUGAACCAGCUGAGGAAUUACCUUCAUUGAUCAGUGGCUUGCUCCUUGGGACAGUGGAACACUCAGGUGUGCCAGCGUGGUUCGUGAGGAACUCCGGGGUUCUGUGCACGGCAGAACUCCCAGGCUCGGUCCUGCUCUUCCUUUGCCACGGAGCACUGGCUAUGCUGGAUUGGAAAAAUGGCAGCAUGGGUGAAAAUGGAGAGAAACUGUUGUUAGAUAUUGCAUCAGUCUUGCUGUCAUUGAGUUCAGAGUUAAAAGAACCCAGUGUGGCAACAUCUUUGUCUAGAAUCCUUGUUAUUUGGACUAAUUCAGCACUGGCUGCCCUUGUUUCAGGCUCUCCAGAUCUAAAAAUCAAACUUAAUGGGAACUCUGAUUUAAUUGGAAAGCUGCUGGAAUACAUUUAUACACACUGGGACCACCCUCUGGAUGCCAUCAGACACCAAACCAAAUUGAUUUUCAAGAAUCUUCUUCAGAUACACCAAACCACCAUUGCUGGAUCCACUGGAAAGUCAGACCCAUUCUUUGCAAGGCUGAUAAAGCAUUUACUGAGCUUGGAUUGGCAUGUAAAGGGGAAAUAUGCUUCUCUUGGUUCUCUGGUGGAAUGUGUGGGCACUGAAAAUAUACUGCAGUUGGACAGAACAAUUCCAGUGCAGAUCCUGGAUGUGAUGAGUGAUCAGUCUCUUGCACCUUAUGCCAGUGAUCUUCUGGAAACCAUGUUUACAAAUCACAAGGCCCAUUUUACUUUGAGUUUUCAGGAAGGCACCUGGAUUGACCAGUGGCACAACAUCUGGGUUUCUCCUCUUCUGGUAAUACUGUGUGAAGGGAACCAUGACCAAACUACUUAUAUAAUAGAUUACUAUUUACCAAAAUUGCUCAAAUGUAACCCUGACAGUCUGAGCUACAUGAUAAGAAUUCUUCAGGCCUCUGCAGAUGCUAAUCUGGGCUCUUGCAGUACUAGAGGAGCUCUUGGAGCAUUAAUGGCAUGCUUGAGAACAGCCAGGGCUCAUGGACAUCUGGAACUUUCAAAUAUCAUGAGCAGUGGUCUUGUAUCCACUGGGUGUAUAAAACAGGGUCUGGUUCAUCAGCACAGCCAGGUUUGCAUUGAUGCUUUAGGUUUACUCUGUGAAACCCAUCGUACUACAGAAAUUGUGUCUCUGGAAGAAAUGCAACUAAUUCAAUUUUUUAUGCUGUACAACUUGAACAACCAAUCUCCUUCUGUAAGGCAACAGAUCAUUUCUCUGCUGAGAAAGUUAUUUUGCAGGAUACAAGAAAGUUCUCAAGUGCUUUAUAAGUUGGAGCAAAAUAAAACCAAGCAGGAGUUAGUUGAGAAGUCAACUAAAAUGCCUCCUUUGAGGAUUUUGCAGCAAUACAAAGAUUUCAUGUCAUCUGUAUGUGCCAGACUUUUUGAGGUAUUGUUUCCUGGUUCAUCACAUCCAACCAGGUUUUGUGCACUAAGUAUUUUGGAAUCAAUAGCAGAAAUAUUUUCUGUUCCAAAAGGCCAGGCACAAGUUUUCCAGCUGGAUCAGGAGAUUGAUUCUGCUCAUGUCCAAACUCUGAUCCAGUGUUUUGCCAGUACUUUUGAGGAAGUAAAAAUUCUGGCAUUUAGACUUCUGAUGAAACUACGAGAUGUUGCGUUGAAUUUACAGGGUUCUGAAAAUCUAGAUCUUCUGUUCCAAGCAGCGAUUGAUCUUAGCACAAGCACCAAGCCAUAUGAUUGUGUCACUGCUUCAUAUUUGUUGAACUUUUUGGUAUAUCACAAAGGACUGCAGCACAUUUGUUUAGGGAAAUGGCUUGAGCAUAACCCCCAGCUGGAUGAGAACACAUCAGUGAGUACAGUGGAGAAGAAUACUUUGGGAGUUAUCAAGCUUUUGUUGGUGAAUGUUGAAGAAGAAAUAUUCCAAGCCAAGAAGUCUCUGCUUCAAGCAGCAGCAUCCUUCCCCAUGUAUGGGAGAGUGCACUGUAUAACUGGGGCUUUGCAGCAAUUACCCUUCAAUAACUUGACCCUGGUGUCCGAAUGGAAGGAAAUAGUGACCAGGCUCAUUUGGAUGUCAUACAGCCUCUCUGCUGUGGUAUCACCAGUAGUACAGAGCUCAUCACCAGAGGGUCUUAUUCCAAUGGACUGUGAUCCAGAAAGUGCAGAUCGCCUGCAGAUGAUUCUGCACGAGAUACAACCACAGGAUACAAAUGAUUAUUUUAUGCAAGCAAAAAUUCUGAAAGAACACUGCAAAGAAGAAUCUGAAAAGCUGGCUGACCAGCUGCCAACGAAAAAUAUUUGCAUGGAAAUGAGAGGCAAAGACAGGCAAACGUGUGAUGUCACAGCUCAGAUGGUUCUUGUGUGUUGCUGGAGAAGCAUGAAGGAAGUAUCUCUGCUCUUAGGGACACUGUGUAAACUUUUGCCUUCACAGACUACAUCUGAACCUUCAGAGGGGUUGAUUACUGUAGAACAGGUUAAAAAUAUUGGUGAUUACUUUAAACAUCAUCUGCUGCAAUCAAGGCACAGGGGUGCAUUUGAAUUGGCAUAUGCUGGCUUCGUGCAACUUACAGAAAUGCUUUCCAGAUGUAACAGUGAGAGUCUGCACAAGAUGCCAGAGCACUGGCUAAGCUGUGUGUUAGAAGAAAUCAAGUGUUGUGAUCCUUCCUCCACACUGUGUGCAACCCGACGGAGUGCAGGAAUUCCAUUCUACAUACAGGCUUUGCUGGCAUCAGAACCAAAGAAGGGCAAAGCAGAUUUGCUGAAAAUGGCAAUGAAAGAAUUGAUAUCUCUGGCUGCACCUUUGAAUGAAUCUUCAAGUGUAAUUCCACAGGUUCAUGCUUUAAAUAUCCUCCGGGCACUGUAUAGGGAUACACGUUUAGGUGAAAACAUCAUGCCUUAUGUUGCAGAUGGAAUUAAAGCAUCAAUUCUAGGGUUUAUGUCACCUGUCUGGGCAGUACGAAAUUCAUCUACACUUCUUUUUAGUGCUCUGAUUACAAGAAUUUUUGGAGUUAAAAGAGAGAAAGAUGAAAAUUCCAAAAAGAAUAGGAUGACGGGAAGGGAGUUUUUCUCUCGGUUUCCAAGCCUUUACCCUUUCCUUCUCAAGCAGUUAGAGGUUGUAACCAGCACUUUGAACAGUGAAACUGAAGAGUUGAAAAUCCAUCCAAGCCUAUUUCUUUUGCUCUUAAUCCUGGGAAGACUGUAUCCAUCUCCAAUGGAUGGCUCUCACUCGGCUCUCAGCAUAGCACCAUUUGUCCCCUUUAUUAUAAGGUGUGGGCACAGCCCUGUGUUCCGCUGCCGGGAGAUGUCGGGCCGGGCCCUCGUUCCCUUCCUUGUGGCCACUGAAGUUUCGCACACGGCGCUGGCCCUGCUGCGGGGGCUGCCGGACUCUGCUGCUCCUGGCAUGAGGCAGAACGCUGUUCAUGGAACCCUGCUGCAAGUUUUUCACUUGCUGCAGUCAUACCUAGAAUCAAACCACUUUGUUAGUUUGGACUUCCAGCAGGGACUGCAUGACAUCAUUACCUGUGUGGGAACCAAGCUGUGGCUGGCUAAAAGGCUAAAUCCUUGUUUGGUGACCAGAGCUGCCUAUCUUGAUGUCCUUGUGAUGUUGAGUACUCACCUGGAGAAGUUUCAAAGGCAAGGAAUGCAAUUCCUUGACUUUUGGGAAGAGAUGAAGAUAGUCAUUUCAGAUUCUGAAUUGGUGUCUGGUAUUCCCUACUCACCUGCUGUACCAGGACUGAUACAAUAUCUCCAGAGCAUCACCAAACUUGUAAUAUCAGUGCUGUCAGUGACUGCAGGUCCUGACGUGCAGAGCUGUGGUUCAGCAGCUGCAGAGGAAAUGGCCAAGCCCUCGCUGUCAGUGGCUCAUCUCCUGCACUGUGAGUUCCAUGAAGUGCGGCUGCUGGCAUUGGAGGCAAUACUGCUGGGACUGAAACAAAGAAAUUCCAAGCAGAUUGCAGAAGGAAGAGGAGGUGUAUUAUGUUUACCCACUGAUUUGGAAGACACUCUUCUCACAAUGGCUCUGAAGGAAACAAAUCCCCAGUGUUUUUGCAAGGUGCUGGAAAUUCUUUAUAUUAUGGAUCUUAGAAAUGUGCUUCCAAAGACUGAAUGCUCUAUAAAAAUGAAUCCAAAUCAGCUGUUAACCUGGAGUUUAAACCUUGCAGAUAUCUCCAGCAGCCCCGAAGGUCAAACCAUAGCUCUCAAAUUUGCCUCCAAACUGAUUAUCCACCUUUUGCAGAACCAUCAGCAGGUUCCAGAAGAAGUCUUGAAAAAAUGGGUUCAGCUGAUAAUGUAUUUUUGUGAAGAUGAGCAAGAGACAGAGAUGCUCUUAGCAGCUGCUGAAGUUCUUAAAAGUAUAACAUCAUUCCUUCUGAGCAGUGAGAAGCUUAUUCUUGGACUGUCUGAUACCCUUGGUCUGUGGAAAUGUGUGAUUCUACUGCUGCAGAAUGAAGACUUGGUAGUAAGGGAUGCUGCUGCUGAAGUGAUACAAGUGGCACAGUCGGAAAAAAACAGCAGUGAAGGAACAGAUUUUGCCUUUAGGAUAGUGAAUGCUCCAAUGGCCCUGGACUUAGCCUUUGGCAUAGUGUGUGAGCUGCUCCAGCGAUGGGGAGAGAUCCAUGCCGGUGUCCCAGUCCUGCUGGAGUGGCUUUUGGGAGACGGUGACCUGCAAAGUGAUGGGGAGACUCCUGCCCUGGAAGAAGAUGAUUCCCUGUUUGAUAAAGGAGAAGUUAAUUUUUGGGCAGAGAAGCUGACUCAUGUGAGACAGCUGAGUAAGCAUCUUCUACAUCUUUUAUCAGUGACUCACCUCACCUUACCAGAUCAUGGGGAACUUAAUCAUCUAUCAAGAAUAGCACUGGACCAAGCCCAGCGCAUUGAACACCUUCUUGGAGCUCUACCUCCAGUUCCAGAGUUUUCCAGAACUCCAGAAUUCACAAGAUUGGCUAUUCAAAAGGAGAGAAUAUCAGUCUGUCUUAAAAUAUUGAAUCUGCUGAAGCCUGAUGACACCUGCAAAAAUGAAAAUCUGGAAAAGUAAAUUACUAAAACUUCGUCCUCAGGGAGCUGCACACAUUACUGGAUGGGCAGGGAGACCAUUCCAGCAAUGUUCAAGGAAUCAGGGAUUGCUGUGAUGACUUCAGGAAACCUGCAGUACCUUCAGUACUCAGGCUAGAACUACAUUUUUUGUAUUAAUUAAUUGUGCAUUGAUUUUUUUUAAUGGGACAUGCAGUGGAAGACUUUUCCUUUUAAAUGCAUUUGUUAAUUUCAUUCAGAUGAGCAUUGUUUAUUACAGCUACUGUAGGAAGUAAAGCAGCUAAACUUAAUAUUUUCCAUUCACCCAGGUGCAGGCCACCUGUAGUUCUGUUAUGUUUUGUUCCACAUUUUUACCUCCUGUAUUUUAAUACCAAGAAAAAGUUUAUUUUUUUGGUCUCAUUUCAAGAUGUAGCAUGUGACUUAUGAAAUUAAUAUGCUUUUUAAAAACCUUUAAGUGUUUCUAAUAGAAAAACAAACUGUGACUUCUUUGUUUAUGGCAAUUUUUAGAGUAUAUUUUAAAUUUUACUGCAUUUUCCUCUGGAGGAAGACAAGGAUUUUCACUUUGGUAGUAACCUUGUUUUGCACAUUGAAACAGCACUAGUUAGAUUUCUGCAUGCCUCUUUUCUCCUUUAAAUCAAACAACUACUUUCAUAAAACGGCUCUAAAAUGAAGAUUUGCUGCAUUCAAAACAAAGCAGCUGUUCCAUUGCAAACGAAACAGUUCCAUCUUUACUUCAAACACCUUGCUCUGCAAGCAGGCCUGGAAAGCGAGGUCCUGCCAAGGAGCGGGGAAGGUUCCAGAGGCGUUUCUGUGCUGCAGCCCUCACUUCUGGGAGAUGCUGGAGAUGCUCUCACCAGCUGGGGCAGCUGUAGGGACUAUUCUGAGUGCUCCAGGGCCUUGCUGUGUCUAAAACACAAAAAAGCUUGUUGUGCAUUGAAUGGUUUCUUUCUGCGAACUGGAAUUGGGUUUUGAUUCGAAAAUGAGACAUCAAAAAUAAAUAAAUAAAUAGUGACGUGAAAAGGUUGUGUUACCUUCCCAUAGCUGUGGAGGGCUGUGACUGGACGUGUGGCUGGACCUGCCAUGACACGGAUGUGCGGCCCUGUACGCCGUCAUUUCCGUGUCCUUGGAAGAAGAACAUGCCCGAUGAACGCCUGGUUGCUUUCAGCCUCUUCAGCUGAUGGUGACG